UAACUGAAGACAGCUGGAAAACUGUUGGUUCCUCAUUAUUUUUCACUUGUUACUUUCUUUAGGGUUACUUUUCAAAAGAAGAUUUCACUGAUCACAAGCCAGUAGAAGACUUUCAGCCCAAGCAAGGGUGAAGACAGCUCUCUCCAAGAGCAGAGGAAGUCCCUGUGGAGAGAACCCGAGCUUGUUAGCAGAACUCGUCGUCAUGUCUAAACAAGGAGACGAUUGCUACUUCUAUUUCUAUUCUACCUGUACCAAGGGAGACAAAUGUGCCUACCGCCACUGCGAAGCUGCUCUGGGCAAUGAGACGGUCUGCAAGCUGUGGCAGGAGGGUCGUUGUUUCAGGAAUGUCUGCCGAUUCAGACACAUGGAAAUUGACAAAAAGCGCAGUGAGAUUCCUUGCUACUGGGAGAGCCAGCCGGGAGGCUGUCAGAAAGCCAACUGUGCUUUUCAUCAUGCAAAGGGACGUUACAUCGAUGGACAAUUCUUACCACCAAGCAAGACUACACUGCCAAGUCCGCCUGAGUCCGCGGACGAUGAUUUGAAAGUGGCUCAGAUGUCACUGCAGCAAAAGAAACUUUCUGUCCAGUCAAAUCCCUCUCCACAGCUAAGGGUGAUGAAAGUGGAAAACUCUGAAAAUGUCCCAAGCCCUACACACCCUCCAGUUGUAAUCAAUGCUGCAGAUGAUGAUGAAGAUGAUGAUGACCAGCUUUCUGAGGAAGGAGAAGAAACUAGAACUCCCGUCCAGCAACCAGCUGCGAAAGGCAAAAAUGGAUUACGGGUGAUUUCCACUCGCAAAGGCAGUUCUACUGCUACUAAACAAGAGGGCAAUCUGAAUUUUGGAAUAAAAACACUUGAGGAAAUCAAAUCUCAGAAGAUGAAGGAAAAAAAUAAGAGACACGGUGAAGGUUCUUCAAGAUCUUCUCUUUGUCCUGUUGAUUCUAUGAUUUUUCCUGCUCCAGAAAAGGAAAAUGUCCGGACAGUGGUGAGAACUGUGACACUGUCUUCCAAGAAAGGGGAGGAACCUGUGGUUCGACUAGAUCUUGCUGAUAGACAAGGAAAACGGAAAGCCUCCGCGGAUGAUGUAAGCACCGUUCCAGUGAAGCGCAGCCUUGCUGAAAGGCUGGAGAAGAAGGUAGAGGCUCUGGGAAAUGCUGACAAAGCACCCAAGAGAGAUACAGGUACUAAACGGGCAUCUGGAUUGGAUUCCUGGGUUUUGUAUUUAGUCUUUCUGUUUGUCCUUUUCCAGUGAUGUUUCUUUUUGCAUGUUGGCUGAGGUCGUAAUCACUGGGAUUCAAAGUUACCUUUCCUGUCUUGUUUUGAACUGUGAACCUGAAGUUGACAUUAUGCAGCCUCCCUAAUUCGUUCUGUUUCUGUUUUGCAGUUCAAGUUGCCAAGUCUCUGAAGGACAGGCUGGGAUUACCUCCUAAACAGACCAGCACUGAGAGAGGUAACAGCUAGAUAUUAAAUAUGCUUUCUCCUCCUUCCU